AAAAAAAAAAUCCGCCCAUCCUUUAUAACAAAUUUAUAAACCCUAUUCGUCUUCUUCAACUCUCGACUGCACAUUUUCCUUAAACCCUAAUUCACUCCUUUCUCUCUCUUCUCUGCAAUUUUGCUUAGUUGAAGAUGGCGCCACCAGGAGGAAGAGGAGGAGGAAGAGGAUUCGGUGGCGGCCGAGGUGGUGGAUUCAGCGGUGGACGAAGUGGUGGCCGAGGUGGCGCACUUAGCGCACGCGGUGGUAUCUCAAAGCCCCGUGGAGGAUUCGGCGGUGGGCGCGGUGACAGAGGUCGUGGAAGAGGAGGAAGCCGAGGUGGCGGAAGAGGUGGAGGAAGAGGCGGAGGAAUGAAGGGUGGAAGUAAGGUGAUUGUAGAGCCACACAGGCACAAGGGUGUGUUCAUUGCAAAGGGGAAAGAAGAUGCUCUUGUUACUAAAAACAUGGUUCCCGGUGAAUCUGUCUACAACGAGAAGAGAAUCUCUGUUCCGCAAGAAGAUGGAACCAAGAUUGAGUACAGGGUUUGGAAUCCCUUCAGAUCAAAGUUGGCAGCGGCCAUUCUUGGUGGUGUUGAUAACAUUUGGAUUCAACCUGGAGCCAAGGUCUUGUAUCUUGGUGCUGCUUCUGGAACAACUGUGUCUCAUGUUUCUGAUCUUGUUGGCCCUGAGGGAUGUGUUUAUGCAGUUGAAUUUUCUCACAGGAGUGGUAGAGAUUUAGUUAACAUGGCAAAGAAAAGAACAAAUGUCAUCCCUAUUAUUGAAGAUGCUAGGCAUCCUGCAAAAUACAGAAUGCUAGUUGGCAUGGUUGAUGUUAUCUUUUCUGAUGUUGCCCAACCUGAUCAGGCUAGGAUUUUGGCACUAAACGCAUCAUAUUUCCUAAAGGCUGGCGGCCACUUUGUUAUUUCAAUCAAGGCUAACUGUAUUGAUUCAACAAGUCCAGCCGAAGCCGUCUUUGCUGCAGAAGUGAAGAAGCUACAACAAGACCAGUUCAAGCCUAUGGAGCAGGUAACCCUUGAGCCAUUUGAGCGUGACCAUGCUUGCGUUGUCGGUGCUUACCGUGUUCCCAAAAAGGCCAAGAACUAAGAAAACUAGAAGUACACACUAGUUGUGUUAUUAGAGAUUUCAGUUGUGUAGCUAGCAAUUGUUAUCAACCUAUUGUACAACAACUUAGUUUUGCCGGGCUUAUGUUAGAUACAAUGUCAAGGUUUUUGUUAAUGUAGUUGGAUAAUAGAAUUUUCAUAUGAUCUAUUGUGCUCCUUUUCUUGUCUACUACAUUUGUUUUCUGAAUCUUCCAUUUUUUCGGUAAUGCUGUGAUUUAUUCUCGA